GCAGAGCGGCAGGCUGGAGCCCUGGUACUCGUAUACCCACUGGUUCCCCAUGGCUUCGGCCCAUGUGAUGAAGGACUCCCAGGAACCGAUACCCAGGAUGCAACCGGCCAUGAUGAUGUUCUCCAGCAAGUACUGGGCCCGGAGGGGGAUGUCGCUGGACUCGGCCAUGUUCGACCACCAGCAGCAGCGCCACACAGGGGGGCAGAUGUCGAGGCGUCCGUCCUUCUGUCCCAUCAACGAGACUCCAGACAAGGAGAGUGCUGAGGAUUGUGGGAAAACAGCGGUGGUGUUUUCUCUGAAGAACGAGGUUGGCUAUUUGGUCAAAGCUCUCAGACUCUUCCAGGAGAAGCGAGUGAACUUGAGGCACAUCGAGUCUCGGGUGUCGAGGCGAGUGGUUAACGAGGUGGAGAUCUUUGCUGACUGCAGCUGCAGUAAGAAGGAGUUUAAUGAGCUCCUGCAGCAUCUCAAAGAUCACGUCAACAUCAUCUCCUUCAACACGCCCGCACACGUCUGGUCUGCUGAGGCAGAUGGAGACGACGUUCCGUGGUUCCCGAUGAAAAUCUCUGAGUUAGAUCAGUGUUCUCACCGAGUGCUGAUGUACGGUUCAGAGCUGGACGCAGACCAUCCUGGUUUUAAAGAUGAUGUUUAUCGUCAGAGGAGGAAAUACUUUGUGGAAGUGGCCAUGAAUUAUAAAUUCGGGCAGCCCAUCCCUCGUAUCGAGUACACCCCGGAGGAGAUAAGGACGUGGGGGGUGGUCUUCAGAGAGCUGACCAGACUGUAUCCGACUCACGCCUGCAGAGAAUACCUGAAGAACCUGCCGCUGCUGAGCAAACACUGCGGCUACAGAGAGGACAACAUCCCCCAGCUGGAGGACGUCUCGCUGUUCCUCAGAGAGAGGUCUGGUUUCACCGUUCGACCAGUCGCAGGUUAUUUGUCUCCCAGAGACUUCCUGGCUGGUUUGGCCUAUAGAGUGUUUAACUGCACUCAGUAUGUUCGCCACAGCACCGACCCGCUCUACACUCCUGAACCGGACACGUGUCACGAGCUGCUGGGUCACGUUCCUCUGCUGGCCGACCCGAAGUUCGCUCAGUUCUCUCAGGAGAUCGGUUUGGCCUCCCUGGGAUCGUCUGAUGAGGAUGUUCAGAAACUGGCUACAUGUUAUUUCUUCACUAUUGAGUUUGGACUCUGCAAACAGGACGGUCAGCUGAGAGCUUACGGAGCCGGUUUACUGUCAUCUAUUGGAGAGCUGAGGCAUGCCCUGUCAGAUCAGGCCUGUGUGAGGAUGUUUGACCCAAAGACGACCUGUAACCAGGAGUGUCUCAUCACCACCUUCCAGGAAGUGUACUUUGUAUCAGAGAGCUUCGAGGAGGCCAAAGAGAAGAUGAGGGAGUUUGCUAAGACAAUAAAGAGGCCGUUCUCGGUGUACUACAACCCGUACACUCAGAGCAUCGACCUGCUGAAAGACACCCGCAGCAUCGAGAACGUGGUGCAGGACCUGCGCAGCGACCUGACCACCGUGUGCGACGCUCUGGGGAAGAUGAACACCUACAUGGGGAUCUGAAGCUGAUUCACUGCUGAGUGCUGAUUGGUUCAAAUCAUCAGUGACAUGCCACAACGCUGCAGCACAACAUCACUCCUAUGUUCAUCUGUUAUCUGUAAAUAAGAUUUACUGCAUAUAAUAAAGUCAGUGUUUAUAGAGAGAUAUAAGCAGUUAGUAAAAGAUUUAUUAAUGCCUAAUAAACAUUUACAAAUGCUUCAUAGAUUGUUUGGGUUGCCAGGUUGUGAACAGCUGUGAUACUUUCUUGUUGGUAAUAAUGCAGUCAUAAAUGUUGUAAUGUAUCAAUAAACGCUUUAUAGAGGGUGAAUUAUCAGAGUGCCACCAAAAACAGGAACAAGUUUAAAACAUUUAAAGAGAGAUCAUGUUGCUGUUUUUUGUCCAUAUUUGAAAUCAAGUCUGUAACUUCCAAAAUAAAACAACUUAAAUGUCUGAUUAACUUGA